CUCUCUCUCUCUAAAUCGGAGCUAUAUUGUAUGGCCGCCAAUUCGCAGAGUAGGGGACUCGUGGGCAUCGGGAAGCGUUUCGUUAACCAGAUCCGUGCCGGAAGCUCUCGCGAUCCAUUUCAGUCUCCUUCACACUCUCUCAGGAGGGCUGUGCAUGGUUCAGUGUACGAUAAGAACCUGGACGAACAGGUCCAUCCAACCGUGGUCCCGGACGAUGUAAUCAAGCCUCAAUCCGACAAAUACUGGGCUCCGCACCCACAAACAGGGGUAUUUGGCCCAGCCACCGAGCAAAACCGAGCUGCAGGCUUCCACUCCACUGUGAAUGGUGGUGAGGAUUCAGUGUUGGAGCAGAAGGCCUUCUUCCGCCCCCUCGAAGAUUUGGACAAGCCCUCCCAACCUUGACACAAAGCAAAGGAAUAGACUGUCCUCUGAUACCAAUAUAUUGGAGAACAGAGGACAGUUAAGCAACUGUUACAAGUAUUGUCAAGUAGAAUAAUUAUAUAUAAUAGUAUCAAGAGUGCAACAGAAAUAACACUGGUUUUUAUGUGCAGCAAGCUAAAGCAGGUGAAGAGAAUAUACGAGUCUUGUGUUAUGUAAGGUUAUGUACUUAUGGAGGCAUGUUGUUAUGGCAUGCACUAUGGUUUUCUUGGCUAUAAAAACACUUGGUUAGACCUAUAUAUGAUUGUCUCACCUUUAUUUGA